GAGUGUCAGCCAGAGAGCGCCAGCCAGAGAGUGCGAGAGAACGAGAGCGCAAGCGAGAGAGCGAGCCAGAGAGAGAAAGCGCCAGAGCGCCAAAGAGAGCAAGAGCGCCAGAGAGAGAGCGCCAGCCAGAGAGAGAGCCAGCCAGAGAGAGAGCCAGAGAGAGAGAGCGCCAGACAGAGAGAGAGAGCGCCAGAGAGAGAGAGAGAGCGCCAGAGAGAGAGAGAGAGAGAGCGCCCGAGAGAGAGCGCCAGAGAGAGGGAGACAGAGCGCCAGAGAGAGGGAGACAGAGCGCCAGAGAGAGGGAGACAGAGCGCCAGAGAGAGGGAGACAGAGCGCCAGAGAGAGGGAGAGAGAGAGAGAGAGCGCCAGAGCGAGAGAGACAGAGCGAGAGAGACAGAGUGCCUGAGUGAGAGCACCAGCCAGAGAGCCAGCGCGCCAGCCAGAGAGCCAGAGCGCCAGCCAGAGUGCCAGCCAGAGAACCAGCCAGAGAACCAGCCAGUGAACCAGCCAGAGAGCCAGCCAGAGAGCCAGAGCACCAGCCAGAGAACCUGAGCGAGAGCGCCAGCCAGAGAGCCAGAGCGCCGGCCAGAGACCCUGAGCGAGAGCCAGAGCGCCAGCCAGAGAGCCAGAGCGCCAGCUAGAG